AUGUUACGAACUUCAGAUGCACAAUUUCAUAUUGGAUUUCUUAAUCAAUGCUGGUUUAUUUCAAAUCAAUUGGAUUUUAGAAAGCAACCUUUUUAUCCUGCUACGAAAUUUAAAAAUGAAGUUUCUAAACUUAAUAUUAAUCAAUAUGCUUCUCUUAAAAAGCAACAUCUAUAUAAUGUUAAUGUACGAGAGCUGACCAAUCAAGCUAAGCAGAUUGCUUGCAAAAGUUGUGAUAAAUUCUUUAUUACUUUACUUGAGGAAUAUAUUGACAAAAAAAACUGGAAAGCAAUAAAUUUACAACAUAUUGAUGUAUAUAGUAGUCAACAUCAAAUCAUAAAUGAAGAAGUAGACCAAGAAAAUGAUAGAAUUAUUGGAAAUCCUAUAAUCAGACAUCCUAAAGGAUGA